UGGUUAAUCAUGUGCAUGAGGCGAUAAUGCAUUUGGGGUGGCAGAAAACGUUAGAUAAGGUUUAUGAGCAGUAUUGGUUUGAACACAUGUCCAAGUAUGUACGAAAAUUCGUAGAGAACUGCAUAACAUGCAAACUGUCAAAGCCUCCAUCAGGAAAGAUUCAAAUGGAAUUGCAUCCAAUUCCCAAAGUCGAAAUACCGUGGCAUACUGUGCAUAUUGAUAUAAGUGGAAAGCUGAGUGGUAAAAAUGAUACCAAGGAAUAUGUCAUAGUGCAAAUUGAUGCGUUCACUAAAUUUGUUCACCUAUAUCAUACUUUGAAUUUGGAUGCAGAAAACUGUAUUAAGGCUGUGAAAUCGACCAUAUCGCUUUUUGGGGUACCUAAUCGUAUCAUUGCAGAUCAAGGCAGAAGUUUCGCUUGUGGACGAUUUCGAGAGUUCUGUUCAAUGCAUAAGAUAGAAUUACAUUAGAUAGCGACAGGUGCAAGUAGGGCCAGGUUGAACGAGUCAUGAGCACAAUGAAAAGUAUGUUGACAGCUGUAGAGACAGGUGAACGUUCCUGGCAGGAUGCACUAUGUGAAGUUCAGUUAGCCAUGAAUUGUACGACAAAUAGGGUAACGAAAUUUAGCCCGUUAGAACUAUUCAUUGGAAGAGAGGCUAGGCCAAUGGGGUUGUUGCCUAUAAAUGAUGAAGCUAAAGUGGAUUGUAAGCAGGCAAGAGCUCAAGCCAAAGUAAAUAUGGAAAAUAAUGCGAAAUAUGAAAAAGGGCGAGUUGAUAGGAAUAAGGCCAAGAUAGUAAAACACAAGGUUGGGGAUCAUGUCUUGCUGAGAAGUGAAGAACGUCAUCAGACAAAAUUGGAUCCUAAAUUCAAAGGACCUUUUGUGGUUGCGGAGUUGCUGGAAGGUGAUCGAUACCUGUUGAAAUCAUUGACCAAUAAGCGAACGUAUAAGUAUUCGCACGAGAGUUUGCGAAGUUUGCCGGAUGAGCAGAUUUCUGACGAGAAUGUUGAGAAAAACGACAGUGGUGAAAAAGACUCUGGUCGUAAGACCCGUUCUCGCACCUAAGAGAGGUGAAGAAAGCAUCAAACGCAGGGGCUAGACUUAGUCAACAAUAUUCAUGCCAGGUAUGGGUGAUGUUGUGUGAUGGACAUUGGAUCUGAGUAGAUCGUGGCACAAGAGGUGCAAAGCGUCGCAAGGAUGCGGCAAGAGCCUGUAACUGUGUUUUGAUUACGAGAAUAGCCAAAUGGGCGGGUUUGCGCAGAAGAGUACGAGCUACUAAGACAGAUGAUCCAGGUCAAGUCGAAGGCACAAGUGUAGAACCGGAAGUGUUCUGACAUGGCGUGUGGCGCGGCUGACAUGGUGUUGCGAGUUUGAUGUGGCUCACUGUGAGAGAUAAAGUAAGAAGCCUGCGAAACCGACAUUUGAAGACACAAUAUAUGAAGUUGUGUGCUGUUUGAUUUAUAUUUUUGAAUGAUCUUGAAAGAUGAAAAGAGAAGUAAAGUAAGAAUGAUACCAACCUCGUGUUACAGUAUGCACACGAGGACGUGUGAUAGUCAGGAAGGCCGUGUCGGAGAUGUAUAAUGAAGAUGUAUGAAAACUGAUGAAAAUGUAAACAGAAAUGUAUAGAGUUAAGAAACUAUGUCAAUAAAGGAGAACAGAAACUACGCAGUAAUUAAUCCGUUGUUCCUUCUAUUCACAUUGUUGCUGAGAGCGAGGUUUGAGAACGAGAGAGAGAGUCGUCUCAGCCGAGUGUGGCGCGGUUGUGUGUACGAUGCCUCUGAGAGAGAGGAGGAUCAAAAGGGAAUUGCUAAAGAGAGCAAUUGGAUGAUGCAAUACGGUGUUAUGUAUUGCGUAAGCGAAAAGAAGAAAACGAGAAGAGGAGUUUUCAGUUUGGUCACAGAAUUGAAGGAGAGAACACAUAGCCGCGACUCACUGCGCUCAAGUGCUACAAUGCAGGAGGAAGAGCACCCAGAUUUCCUGCCCCCGACAUAUUUAAAUAUUAUCGGGUGCCGCGCUGAAACUGUGGCUGGUGACUUUAAUGCCAUCCGCCCAUUCUGCUACAGCGUAAGUAAUGGAUGAGCGAACAACGUUAGUCAGCGAUAGUCUUCUCUCCUGUUUCGGUCCGCGAGUGUUCUCCAGCACGUAGCUCAGGUGCUCCCGAAAACAGAGCCUGGUAUCGAUUAUCACGCCAAACGGUUCGUUUCAACGCUAUGGUCUGGUCUCCUAUCCUGAUGAGCGCAGUCUCCACAAUCGCUCGACUGACUAACAUUGCCUCCGUUUUGUGAGAAGCUCCAUACCACCACCACUCGAGCCCCAUAAACAGAGGCCAGUCUGCGAUUAGCUGAAUGGCCGCAUUGCAAGUUGAUCUUGACGCGAUCAGAUCCUUCGCAACCACUGAGAGUGCCUCGUCA